AAGACGAGAGUACUCCGAAUAGAAGUGUCGAAAUCAAUCAAUCUCAUUCCAAAAAACCUCGCAAAACUUCUCUACUCAAUCGUCGAGCAGAGCAUUUCGGAGAAAGUUAUAGAAAAUAAUGGAGAAAAUGAUGCUGAUGAGAUCGUUGUGCCGGUCAAUCUUCCGCAGAUCUCAAGCUUUUUCCUCCUCCACCGUAGCUGCUGGCGCCGCCGUCAGCCACCAUAUGCGCCACCUCCAUUUCUCUUCCCCUUCAACCGUCGCCUCUUCACCUAGACAAAAUCACCCGCAUCCUUUUGCAAUGCACCUCGGGGGUACUCGUUCUUUCAGCGAAGAUGUUGCGCAUAUGCCUGUUAUAAAAGACCCAGAGAUUGAACGUGCUUUUAAGGACUUAAUGGCCACAAACUGGAAUGAGCUCCCACCUGCAGUCGUUGAAGAUGUAAAGAAUGCAUUGUCUAAGAAUACUGAGGACAAGGCUGCCCAGGAUGUUCUGAAAAACGUAUUCCGAGCAGCAGAGGCGGUUGAGGAAUUCACAGGAAUUAUCAUGUCACUGAAAAUGGAGAUGGAUGAUGCCAUUGGGGCUAGCGGCGAGAAUGUGAAACAACUGCCAGAAGAAUAUGUGAAGGCAAUGCAGACAAUCUUCAACAGAUAUGCUUCAUAUUUGGCUGCUUUUGGGCCAGAAGAGACCUAUUUGAAGAAGAAAGUGGAAAUGGAGUUGGGAUCAAAGAUGAUAUAUUUGAAAAUGAGGUGCAGUGGCCUCAAUGCUGAGUGGGGAAAGGUUACAGUCCUGGGAACUUCUGGACUCUCUGGUUCUUAUGUUGAGCAAAGGGCAUGAACCUCGAAAGACAGCCAAAGGAAUUUUCUUUUCAUGUUUGCAUGACUUGCGGAACAACAACGCCAAUACAAUCUCUAGAUAAGUUUUUACUUCCAAGUAUAUGGUACUUGCAAUGUGUUUGUCAUAGCUUGUUUGCUGAAAUUUGUCAUUCCAACAGUUUAGUACGAUAAUAAUGAUGGCCAACUUCUGAGUUUCUGAUGGUGUAAUUUGUUGGCUGAAACUUUAAGUUGGGAUAUAAAUAGCCUGACUCGAGGGUAAUGGAUCGCUUGUUAAGGCAUCUUGAAAUGUGAUUAUAGGUUGUUUUCAA